AUGUCUCCCGCAACGCUGGGCUCUCGAUCUUCCACGAUUCUUGGCCCCAUCACUCCAACCGUCGACCUGACAUCCCACGCCUACUCAUCAACGAAGCCGGCCUUCGAUACGACGGGAUCCUGCUGGACUGCUCCCUUCCGGGACGGUCUGCCCACUCCUCCCAGCGACAUGACCGGUGUAGCCUACAAUGCCAUGCCAUCCGCGGCCUAUGGAGCGAAAGCGCAUGGCAUGCCAUCUCACCUAUACACCCACUCACGUCCCCAUUUCGAUGCGAUUUCGUCGUCUAUGGUUGCUUCCAUGAAGCCUUCCCACUCGGCUACUCACUCCGUCCCCGCACCCGCGAAAGAGGCCCCCGCGACGGAACCAGCUGGUCAGAAGAAGUCGAAUGGAACAACGGCAAGCUCAGCGCUGCGCAUCCCUUCGUCCAUCAACAACAGCAAGGGCAGCUUGGCCGAGUUUGCGGCUCAGAUGACUUGUCUGUUCUGGUUCGAGAAGACCACUAAACUCCAAGCCAUCGAAGACCGCCGCCAUCCUGUGCCUUCUCUCGUUCCAGAGGCUAUCCCCACAGUCGGAUUCCAAAAGUGGGUGGCCUCGAUUCUGUCGACCACACAAGUCAGCCAGAAUGUGAUUCUACUGGCCUUGCUCUUUGUCUACCGACUCAAGAAGUUUAACUCUGGAGUGAAGGGCAAGAAAGGCAGUGAAUUCCGGCUGAUGACCGUUGCCCUGAUGCUCGGCAAUAAAUAUCUCGACGAUAACACUUACACCAAUAAGACGUGGGCCGAGGUCUCUGGCAUUGCAGUGCAGGAGAUCCACAUCAUGGAGGUUGAGUUCCUCAGCAACAUUCGCUAUGACCUGUUCUGCUCCGAGGAAAAGUGGUCUGAAUGGCACACCAAGCUGGGCCUCUUUAGCGACUACUUCAACCAAGCCUCGAAGCUUCCCGCUGAAGGAGAGACCCUUGCGCUGCAAGUCUCGCCACCUCGUGUGCAGGUUCAAUCACCCUUGUCCAAGCUCCCAUCACCACCGAUGGAUGCGUACAGACCCCAAUCACAACCUCAAACCAGUUGGUUCCCAACAAUGUCGGGUCUGCCUUACCCUGGCUCUUUGCAGCUCGGCGAGGUUGCUGUGGGUGGAACUCGCAAGCGAGGUCGCGAUGACGAGGACGAACUUCACCCCGCUAAGCGUGCCGUAAUGACCUCUGCCCACGCUCCUCUUUCCUUGACAAUUCCAUCGUCAAACAUCAACUCCGUGAUCCCUACUCUUCCACCAGUCCUGACCCCGACCUCUGCGCCCGUCGCUCAUGCUCCGAUGGCGGGGCAUGUUUCUCGUCUCCCACUUCCCAAUCUCCCUCCAUCCUCCAACCCUAUGCCUCAGUCUCUCCCCUCCACUGCGGUCUCUCAGCUGCCGGUGCCGGCAAUGAUGCCUUCCGUCUACAGCCGCAACUCCAACUGGUCUCAGCAGAUGCCCUCUGUUACCAUUCCCACAACCAUGGCAUCUAGCAUCUACAACACGCCCGCUCUUCCGGAAUUGGGCCGUCACCAGAGCCCAUAUGGCGUCACCUCUGCCACUGUCUCGCCAGCUGUGUCCGCCUACUCCGUUCACACUCCGCAAAAGCACCUCUCUCCAUCCUACUUCCUUGCCAACCGCAACUCUCCUUACCGGCCCGUUCGCUCGGUGCACACCUUGCUCAUCCCGCCUCCUUCUGCCUCCAUGCAACAGCAGCGCAGUGUUCCCUUCGAUCACAUGCACUAUCAGCCGCUGGGUAAAACCUCCGCUGACCGCAAGACGGGGCUGCUGCCCUACAUCCACCCGGAGACCUGGAACCAAACCCACUUCCAGCCUCUCUUCCCUCCCACUCAGUUCUCUGGCUAG